AUGAGCAGGGAGAGAGGCUAUGAUCGUGAUAGGUCCUACAGCCCCCGGCGGCGCAGCCCGGCACGCGGGCGUGGCAGGAGCGCAAGCCGGAGCCCGCCGCGGGGUGGCAGCGACAGCCGCCGCAGCCCAGCGGGCGACCGCGCCGAGCCGACGGGCACCAGCAUGAUGGUGCGCAACCUCUCGCGCACAACGCGCCCGGAGGAUCUGCGUUAUGCCUGCGAGAAGUAUGGCCGUGUCCGCGACAUCUACCUGCCGCGCGACUUCUACACCCAGCAGCCGCGCGGCAUCGGAUUUGUGGAGUUUGCUGAUCCGCGCGACUGUCGUGAUGCGAUCCGCUACAUGGAUGGAGUCAUGCUGGACGGGCGCAGGGUUGGCUGCAACCUGGCGCUGCAUGGGCGCCGCAAGCCGGAGGACAUGCUGGCGCGGGGCGGUGAGGGGCCAGGUGGUGCAUGA